GUGGGUUCGCGCCUCUGAGGGCUCGCGGCACUGGGCGACGGGCCGAGUGCGGGCAUCGGGAUGCGGGCGGCGGCGAGUGAUACAGUCAGUGAGUUUGCGGAGUGCCUAGAGCGGGGUGCGUCACUGGGACCACGGCUCACCAACUGCGGGUCCCAGCUCACCUGCACCUGGGCUUCCGAGUCUACAGAAGAGCCAGUCUGAGGCCUCAGAAGUAGUCAGAGGUCCGCUGUCUUCUGGUUCUGCUGCCUCGUUUUGGUGCUGCUGUGACUGGGUCUGAGAGCAUGAGACGUUAAUCUGCCUGCAGCUGAACCCUAGUGUCAUGAGGCUGCCCCAGGGGUGCUGCGAUGACAGCAGCUACUCUGUGUAGAAACUCCUUGUGAAGACUUUGUUUUGAAAACUGCCAAGCAGAUCUCCGCCCUUUGUCCAGGGCAGAACAGGAUGGCCACAGCCCAGCUGUAAUCCAGUUCUGGUUUCUCCAGUCCUUCCCCUCACCACAAAAACCAACAAUCUAAAAUGAGAAAAGACGGAAGGAAAAUGAUGGGUCUCGUCCGCUGCUUCCUCUGGGAAAUGCACCUCCUCUUUGUUGUUCUGCUUCUCAGGGAAGCUCACUGAAGCCCAGAGACCCACUUUUUCUGUGUCUUCGCUUCCACCUCACUGUUUACUUUUUUAUUCUAUUCAAAUAAUGAAAGUAAAUCCGUGCUUGACAUUCUGUGCACUAGGAAGAGUCCCAGCAUCUCCAUUUCUUCUGUGCCCAGUGCCAUGCUUCUCCUCAGAGUGCCCACUGGUACAGUAUGCAAAUAGGGUGGGGUGGCUGUGUUUCCGUCAGUUUCGUGAGCUGAAAACGGGUCUGUAGGCUUUGUUGGAUGAGUGUCUGCACAAGUGCCAUCCGAGUCCCACUGCCAUCUUUCUUUUCCUGCCUCGUUCUCUUCUGGGUUGUGGUCCUCCUCAGCGCAGAAAGAUUCCCGUUUCGUGCAGUGCUCUGGGCAUGUCAUUCACCUGUUGCUUUAUUUGUACAUACUCAGCUUUUGAAUUUUCUUUUUCUGUUCUAUAUGGUGGCUCCUGGAUGACUUGUUAUGUGUAUCUUCAGUAGUGCAGGUGUUUAUGGAGGCUACAUCGGGAAGUUGGAUUUGGGGGUCAAAGGUAUUCACGCUUGAAUUGGCUAUUCCAGAUCCUAGACUAAUUACGACUGUCGCAAAAUGUUAAAGACCAGAUCAUUUCUGCGUUCAGCUUUCCCGGGCUGUUGAAAGUUGAAAAGGAAACUAGUUGGUUUUAUGGAGCCCUUUAACCUUGGAUUUGAUAAAGAGGCUACAGAAAAUAAAUGAUACACCUGAUUGACUUGAGACCCUGGAUGUCAAGAUCCUAAACACAUACUCUGAAUACAGAGUUAAUACAUUGAAUUGAGCAUUGUGAAAGAUGAUUGGUGUAUAUGGUAAAACAUUCAAAGCUUGUUUAACAAAAGGUGAAAAUGAAUUCUCCCUGUCACCCCAUGCCCCAUCUCCUUCCUUGUUUCAUACGAUCCUGGAGAGAUCACUUGUGUACAUCUCUUUCCACGUAAGAGUGCCAUUUACUUUGGAUCUCUUCCUUCUUCGUAUAGUACAACACAUUCUGGACUUUUCCACAAUCAUUGUAUUUCACUGUGUGUCUGAACAACCCGUUUUCCCCCCUGGGCACGCUUGACAUUUGGGGCCAGGCAGUGCUGUGUUGUGGAGGGCAGUUGUGUGCGUUGGAGGAUAUCUAACUUACCCUGCCAUGGACUCCCCUGAUGCCCAUGUCCCCACCCCUUGCCCCUUGUGGUGACAACGAAGAGUUUUUACAGACCUUGCCAGCUGUACCCUGAAGGGCUAUAUCACCCCCGGGUGGUAUGCCAUUGGCACUAACGGCUCUGUGACAUUCUGCUGGCUGGAACUACCAUAUUAUAUAUUUGCUUUCUGCCAGGGGUGUACAUUGAGGAUGUUCUGGUCUUUUGAUAUCAUUAAGGAUGCAGUGAUACUUAGCCAUGUAUGGUUCUGUUGGUUCCUUGUGAGCGGGUCUCCUCUGCAGGAUAGCUUUCUGGGGUUGAGACUUCUAGGUCAGAGGCUCUGUGCAUCGUGAAUUUUGACAGCUGAGGGCCUCUGAGCCAGUGGUUCCCCUCUGCUCACCAGUGUGGUCAUGGUCCCUGACACCUGCACUGUCCCCUGGGAAGGUGACAGGAGGGGUGGGCCACUCUGAGCACUCCUCCUGCUGGCGACACCUGCCUGUCACUGUCCUGCCACACAAGGCGUGUCCUGGCUCGUCUCCAUCGGCAGCGCUGGGAAACCAGCUGCCCCAUGUGGCCUGUUGGGGCCCCAUGGGUGCCACCCGGGCCACCCGGACUGAAGACCAGUCAGUGCAGGGGGAACAGGCAGGGUGUCAGGGUGUCAGCGGGGGGGUCUUGCUCUCUCUCUGAUAGGACAACAGGCCCUCCGAAAAGUGAGCAUUUGUUUGGUGCUGCCAAGACCAAACACAGACCUUUCCUUUUUCCCCUCCAUCUGCUGCCCAUGCAGACUCCCACCCUCCUGCUUCCGGUUACCUCUCAGGCUGAUUAGCCACAAUUAGCAGUCAGGUGACUGUGUGGCCUUCUUCUGUAUGGAAACAGCCCAGCCCUUCUCUACUGUGUCUUUCUCCAGCAUGGCUCCCCUGGUCUCAUGUAGAACACUUUAUCUCUGACACUUCUGGUCACUGAUAUGUGGAAGGUUCCCCCACACCAGACACUCUGCCACACCUGCUGGGUAUCCUACACAUAACUCAGUUGGAAUACUGUGUCCUCGGAGAUAGCAUCGGAUCCCGCAGCUUAAGGGUUCCAUCCUACCAGACUGCCGCCUCUCACACCUCCCGGCAGAUGCCAGCCCCCAGUUGCAGGCUUUUGACCCACUGGCCAUAGGUCAGAGGUCCGGUGGCCCCCUCCUUGGAUUCGACUGUUUGCUAGAGCGUCUCAUAGGACUCGGGGACAUGCUGACUUACAUUUCUGGUUUAUUAAAGGAUAUGAGGAAGGAUACACAUGAACAGCCAGAUGAACAUACACAUAGGGUAGGGCCUGGGAGGACCCUGAGCACAAGAGCUUCUGUCCGUGUGGACUUGGCAAGCAUCGUCCUCCCAAGAUGUGGAUGCGUUCCCGCACCUGGAGGCUCCCCGAAACCCAUGCUCUGGGGAUUUUAUGGCAGCUUCAUAACGCAACAAUGAUCGGUUGUCAACUCCAUUUCCAGCCCCUCUUCCAUCUCUGGAGAAGGUGGUGGGGCUGAAAAUCCAGAGUUUCUAGUCAUGUCUUGGCCUUUCUGGUCCCCAGCCCCUGCCGUGCACCUCUAGUCUCCUCAUAAGAACAUGAGAUGCUCCUUGUAUUCUUCUCACGUGGGGACUUGUAAGGGUUUGGGGGGCUCUGCAACAGGGACCUAGAGCCAAGACUAGGAUAUAUUUUCUGUCUCCUCACAGUUCUGACUGAAGAGCUGUGUUUAUAACUGUUGUCCUAGCUCUCUGUCCUCUUCCAGGCCUUCUCUGCCUGCCCCGAGCAAAACUGACUUCUUUCUAUUCUCUUUUCCCUAUACUGCCCCUUCUGUUACCCUUAGAGGACAGUUAGCCGGCCCUCCUGCCCUCUGUCCCUUUCCUGUGUGCAUUUCUAAACUUGGUAUUUCUCUACCAGACGGACACGCCUUCAGUUCAGAAAAGGUGUCUCUUUUUAUCAAUCUUGAUAUUCUCUGGACUUAGCGGCUUGGUUGGUGUUCAGUCAGUGAGCUGAGAUUGCAUUUCUGGAGGAAGAUAUCUUUACCACCUUUUCUGUUUCUUUAUAAAGUUUAAAAUAAUGUAGGUGACAGAAGCAUUCCAUACACUACAUGGUCUCAAAUUGGGCAGGGAACAGCAGGGAACAGUUGUGUCGAGAAAGGCAGGGCAGUGUCGUGUUGAGAAACGUGGAUGUAGAAUGCAGAACACAUGCAUUUUCAUCCCUCUUUUCUUGCUUUGUGACCCUGGGCAAGUGACCUUCCACUCUGAGGUAAGCCAGUCUGUCCUCCACUGUCCGGGGUCUUCUGGGGUGGACGCCGGAUUGAAUGUCUGCCAUGUGUAGAAGACUGUGGAUGGGACACAGUGUCCCGCUCCCCAAUCCCAGCACUCCGGGCUCAUACAGAAUGUGCCGUUGCAGGAAUCCUUGACCUUCAGGGAUGUAUUCGUGGACUUUACCCUGGAGGAGUGGCAGCAACUGGACUCCGCUCAGAGGAACCUCUACAGAGAUGUCACGCUGGAGAACUACAGCCACCUGGUGUCCGUGGGAUACCUUAUUACCAAACCAGAUGAGGUCUUAAGACCGGGACAAGUAGAAGAGGCCAUGGGGGCAGAGGGAGAGCCGCCAGCCCGGAACCAUCCAGAAUUCUGGAAAGUUGAUGACCAGAUAGACGACCACAAGGAAAGCCGAGACCAACCUCAGUGGCAAGCUGCAUUAGCAGACAAGGAAGCACGGAAGGAUCAAAGUGGCCAAGAAUUCACAACCUUGAGGAAAAUCGUGUAUCCAAACACAGACUUUAUUUUUAUAAGACAAAGACUCCCUAAAUAUUGUUCCUGGGGAAGGUGUUCAAAACACAAUUUAAACUUUCUUUGUCAAAAUAGAAGCUAUGUAAGAAAGAAAGAUGGUGAACGUCAGGCGCAUUGGAAAUUAUGCUUCCAUUCUAAUCUCAAUAAUGCUCAACCUGCAGAGAAAUUUUUUGAGCCUAAUCAACAUAGAAGAACCCUCCAUCAGAAGCAAGCACUUAAUAAAACCCAAAGAUUUCAAACUAAGGAGAAACUCAAUGAGUGUGCUGAAUGCGGUAAAGUGUUUAUCCAGAAAGCAAACCUUGUAGUACAUCAGAGAAUUCACACAGGAGAGAAGCCUUAUGAAUGCUUUGAAUGUGCAAAAGCCUUCAGCCAGAAGUCAACCCUCAUUGCUCACCAGAGAACUCACACAGGGGAGAAGCCCUAUGAAUGCAGUGAAUGUGGGAAAACCUUCAUCCAGAAGUCGACUCUGAUUAAACACAAGCGAACUCACACAGCCGAGAAACCAUUUGUAUGUGGUGAAUGUACAAAAGCCUUUAAGAGUUCCUAUCACCUUAUUAGACAUGAGAAAACACACCUUAGACAAGCAUUUUGUGAAGGAAUUCGCUGUGGUAAGUCCAGCCUUAUGCAUCCAAGGACUCACAAGGGUGAGAAACCUGAGUGCAAUAAACACAGGAAGAUCUUUGACGAGAAAGCCAACCCCAUUAAACACCAGAGGUCUCAUACAAAAGAGAAACCUUAUGAAUGCAGUAAAUGUGGAAAAAGCUUCAGGGGAAAGUCACACCUCUCUGUUCAUCAGAGGAUUCAUACAGGAGAGAAGCCUUACAAAUGCAGCAUAUGCGGGAAGACUUUCAGUGGGAAAUCACACCUCUCUGUCCAUCAUAGAACUCAUACAGGAGAGAAGCCUUAUGAAUGCAGAAGAUGUGGGAAAGCGUUUGGUGAAAAGUCAACCCUCAUCGUACAUCACAGAACUCACACAGGAGAGAAACCCUAUAAAUGCAAUGAGUGUGGGAAAGCCUUCAGCGAGAAGUCACCGCUGAUAAAACAUCAGAGAAUUCAUACAGGAGAAAGGCCCUACAAAUGCAGUAACUGUGGGAAGGCUUUCAGUAGGAAGUCAACUCUCAUUAAACAUCAGAGAAUACACACAGGGGAAAAACCCUACGAAUGCAGUGAAUGUGGGAAAGCCUUUAGUGUGAAAUCAACUCUCAUUGUACAUCACAGAACUCAUACGGGAGAAAAACCCUAUGAAUGCAGGGACUGUGGAAAAGCCUUUAGUGGGAAGUCAACUCUCAUUAAACAUCAGAGAAGCCACACAGGAGAUAAAACCUAUUAAGACACUUGAGCGUGAGAUAAUGUCACUAUUCGUUAUAUCUCAUUAUGUAUCCGUUCAUCCCGGUCAGUAACCUUAUAAAUGCCAAGAAUGUUGGAAACAAGAUCUUAAGAUAUUAUUUAAUGUACCUUAAUAUAAAAAUGGUACAAAAGCAUAAUUCCAGGAGCAUGCAGUAAAUGUGAUCAGAUUUUUACCCAGAAUUCUUACCCGUGAGUGGAAAAUUAUAUAUCAGAAAUUCCAAGGUGGCAAAAUUGUGAGUGUAUUGAUGUGAGAUUACCUUGAGAAAUAAUUUAAAUGUCAUUGCCUGUCAGGGUAUUUAUGCUUAGGAAGAACUAAGAAUUGAAUGAGUUUAGAAAACCGUGUUAGCAAUUAUGAAAGAAACAUGUUCCAUAAUUUUUAAAAAGAUUUUAUUUAUUUACUUGAGAUAGCAUGUGCAUGAGUGGGGGGAGGGGCAGAGGGAC